AAAGUAUGGCUACCCAGACUUUGAACUUCCAAGGCGGAAACUUGCAGAAUUUAGCACAAUAUCUCCCUAAUAUUGGCACUGAUAAUCGUAUCUAAUUUAUUGCUGAUGAUUUGAAUAUCACAUGUUUGAAUGAAUGUCCAAAAACAUGUGAAAUAUGCCUUUGUUUCGCAGAAAAUCAGACAAACAGACCUCCCAGCCAGUAGUUGGGAAACCAGGUCACAGGCGUUCACCAUCAUCAUCAUCCCGUACCUCAGGUGACAGUGUCCCUAAUGGGGAUGUGGGUGUCAUGGAACCACCUUUGCGAGAGGAACAUGGUGGAGCCAAGCCCAAGAUAAUUCUCCAUUCUCCAAGCGGCCAGGAUGUUACAUUUGGUGACCUUGGUACCAAAGAUUCAAUACCAAUGAUGACAUCAUCACGCUUAUCAAAAACAUUCCAUGAAAUCAUUCACGAUAAGGACGCCCUGCCAUCUUUUAUUCAGUAUUUGGAAGCGAAAGACAAAGUCCAGUUUAUUAAAUUCUGGCUAGAUGCAGAAAGUUUCCAGGCAUCAUCCUGGAGCCGCAUACGAACUCACUCAAUGAAUACAUUAGCAAAAAGUUCACUUUCUGGGAAAGAGAAAAAUGACCUUGACCCUGGUAGGUCAAGGUCACAGGGUUUAAUAAGUGCAAUUGAGUCAAAGUCUCACAAACCCGAUGAUGAGACAACCGUUCCAUCCAUUGCAGUUACUGACUAUGAUGCUACAUCUUCCACUAAGGUGCCAAAAUCAGUCAAAGUAAGUUCAAUACAGGACCAUAUACCCAAUGGUGCAUUAAACAGUGAUAAAAUAACAGAGACUAUUAAAUCAACAUCAAAUGAUAUACGCAACAUUUCUGCAGCUAUUAUGGAUUUUAAACCGUCAAAAACAAAGGGAAAUAUUUCCAACCCACUUAAUGCUCAAGAUGGUGAAGUAAAUAAGACAUUGAAGGAUUGUAAUGAGAACACGAGUGAUACGAUCAAAACCACCAAGGAUAUCAUUUCAAAUACUGCUGAUGGUCCUGCCUACUUAGACCUUAAAAAUGAGGAUGAAUUUGGUCAAAAACUUAGAAAAAGUAUUGAAAAAGAUGCAGUAAACAUAUACUCAAAAUACAUUGCCCUCGACUGUCCAUAUCCCCUGGGUAUAGGAGAAGAUUUGAGGAACCGUGCAAUUGGCAAGAUUUGUCGUGAAGAUGGCCAGAUAGACCCACAGUGCUUCAAUGAAUGCCAGGAGUUUGUCUUAGAUGUUUUAGAAAAAGAGUUCUACCCUGGAUAUAAAGAAAGUGUAUUUCACUGUAAACACCAAAUAGAUAUACUCACAUCAACUCAAGUCUACCUGGCAGAUGUCCUCUAUAAUGAAAUAGCAAUGUCAUACUUCAUGGAAUACAUGGAACAAGAGGGGGCUAUGCAAGUAUUUGAGUGCUGGCUGUCUAUAGACAACUUCCAACAACAUCUAGCUACCACACAAUAUGAUGGUCCUCAGGCACAAUCUGACUCUAUGAUACUCUAUGAAAAAUACUUUUCCCUCCAAGCAGUGGUACCUCUAGGAUUUGAAGACAAGGUCAGGUUCGAGGUGGAGUCGAACAUAUGUCGUGAAGGAGGUCCACUCCCAGACUGCUUUGCUUCUGCCAAGAGAGUGCUUCUACAUACACUGAAUAAGGUGUACUUCCCUAGCUUCAUGCAGAGUGAGAUUUACUUCAAAUAUCUUUCGGAGCUUAUUAACACAUUACAGUCUAGCGGGGAGAUGCCUGCAGCUAUAAAAGUGCAAUCUAGACGAGGAUCAGAUGCUAGUUCUGAUGCUCAUAGUAUAGGUGGCGGUAGCGUAGACAGUGAUACAAAUAAGGGCAUAUCGAAGAAGAACACGCUAUUAGCAGCUGACGAGAGUGGCUCUAACUUGAAAAAAGCAUUUAGUAGAACUAAACCAGAUGAAAUGCAGAUGGAAGACCCAGUAUUAUUAAAUCCUGACUCGUUAUGGAAACGAGCCAAUCAGGGGAAAAUGUGUCUAGGUCAUGUCAACGAAUUAGGACAAUUUAUAUCAGAAUUUGAUCCAGAACCAGAUUUUGAUAAAAAGAAACAAAAGAAAACUGGAAAGUCAAUUUUUAAGAGAAAAGAUAAAAAGGCGGAGGAGGAUGCUGCGUGGCAAGUUGCUCAGAUGAUAUUGAGUGAAGUGACGAAAAGUCGCAACAAACUCCACCAAAUACUUGAUGCCAAAAACCAUGGGAUCACAAUGUGAUUAAGCAGCUGCAAUACUAAACACUCAGUGCAAAUAAUGUAUCACCGCACAAUACAUGCCAAUCAUUCAUAAACAUGUAAUAUAUGUGGAACUGUACAUGUCUCUGUGUACAUGUAUGUCUAUGUUAACAUACAUAUAUGAUCAGGUGGAUAUGUCAUAUACAUUCAUAUGAUAUGUGCAGAUACAGUGUUCAAAAAUGUACAGAUGCGUAUGCCCACAUGUACAGAUGUAUAUGUGCCAUAUACUG